GUUUCAAGAAGUUCAAAGCCCACACGAACGUUAACAUUAAGGAUGCUAAGAGGCAAAAGAAAAGCCUAUAAUGAUAUUGUGAAAUUAAGUAAAUCUUACAAAAAGAAAAGAAAUGUUAUUCAACAAAUUGAGGAUGGAAAAAUUAGAUAUUGA